AUGCAGGCUGUGGGUGAUAUCGGGGGAAUUAAAGGAGUGGAAGAAAGAGGGGAGUGGAAAGCCGCAGACCUGGAAAUAUGUAUGAGAGCAAAGAUGCACGCACACCCGUGCGCGCACACACACACACACAGUCACACAGUGGAGAAGAUAUCGAUAAUAGCUAGUAGUUGUCAGGCGUUACGAGGAGAGAAGCGACUAAAGAACAACCAUGGAUCGGGGGAGGGACGAUCGAGAGUUAGGUCAAUUGGACUGGAUCAUCGGAUCAGAAAGGGAAAAUCCGAUCCCGGAAGAAGGGGAGGGGAGGAGGGAGGGGGGGGAGGAGGAAAGAAUACAGUAGAGGGCAAAGGAGAAAAGGCAAAAAGCAAAUGGCAUCUCUGCUGCUGCUGCUGCUGCUGCGAGUCAGGAUGUGGUCGAGUACCGACAUGGGUUCAGGAUGCGUCGGGGAGGGUGGGAAAUGCGCCUGGCUAUCGAUCUGGUGCCUUCCGAGCAUCAUUGAUAAACGUCUGGAUGGCGCUUCACUGCCUCCUCAGGGCGACACGUCCAACGUCUGUGUGCCUGCUGUCUGGUACCGAUCCCAGGGUGGAUGCACGAUGUACUAGGUAUGUAUGGAUGGUGUUACCAGGUGGUGCACCCGGACCUACAUACUACAUGCUAUAUCCACAGGGGAUAAUCCUGGACACAUAG